AUGGUGGAGACCGUAGCGGACACCCGGCGGCAGAUCACCAAGCCACAGGACCUGAAUGACGCCUACGGGCCGCCCAGCAACUUCCUCGAGAUCGAUGUGAGCUACCUGCAGACCAUGGGGGUCGGCUGGGGCCGGUUCACCAUCUACGAGAUCAGGGUCAAGACAAAUCUUCCUAUCUUCAAGCUGAAGGAAUCUACUGUUAGAAGAAGAUACAGUGACUUUGAGUGGCUUCCAAGUGAACUAGAAAGAGAGAGCAAGGUUGUAGUUCCCCCACUCCCUGGGAAAGCAUUUUUGUGGCAGCUUCCUUUUAGAGGAGAUGAUGGAAUAUUUGCUGACAAUUUCAUCGAGGAAAGGAAGCAAGGGCUGGAACAGUUUAUAAACAAGGUCGCUGGUCAUUCUCUGGCCCAGAAUGAACAUUGUCUAAACAUUUUUUUACAGGAUGAAAUAAUAGAUAAAAGCUAUACUCCAUCUAAAAUAAGACAUGCCUGAGUUUGGAAAGAAGAGGCAAAACGAGACCAUUAAUGAUUGCUCCACACCAAUGAAGAAGCUGUAACUCACUUA